CUGAUAAAAAUGUUAAAGAGGUGGGGCCAAGAACUGAUUCCUGAGGGACCCUGCCUCUGCUCACUGGUGAUACCCUGUUUACAGUCACGUUUUGAGAGCUGCCAGUUUUUGCCAGAAUGAGUGAAACACCUUCACCCAGUCAUUCAGUGAUUCAGCCAAAUUCAGCAGAAAGUGAACAGACUUUGUCUACCCGACACCUCAAUGUCACUGAGCCUGUUGUGGCCAAACGAAUCUGUUUCUAUAAAAGUGGAGAUCCUCAGUUUAAUGGGAUCAAAAUGGUUGUUAAUAAUCGAACUUUCAAAACUUUUGAUGCCUUGCUGGACAGCUUGUCCAAAAGAGUUCCAUUACCUUUUGGGGUGAGAAAUAUUAGUACACCACAAGGAAGACACAGUAUCACCAAUUUGGAAGACCUUGAAGAUGGAAAGUCUUACAUCUGUUCUCAUCAGAGGAAAAUAAAGCCCAUUAACUUGGAGCAGGCAAGGAAGAAGCCAUUGCCCUGGCAGAUCAGCAGGCCUGUUAGUGCUCGUCGCCGAGUAGUGCAGCUAGCCAGGGAGAAUGAAGGUCAGAGAGAUGGUGCUGUCAAAAUAACAAUCCCUAAAAAGCUGCUCGUUUUCAAAAAUGGAAAUGUGAGAAUCAGGCGCACAAUAGUUCUGGGUAAGAAGAACACUCAAAACUUUGAGGCAUUUUUGGAUCAUAUCAGUGAGUCGAUGCAAUAUCCAGUUGCAAAGCUGUAUACCACUGAUGGCAGAAAGAUACCUAAUCUUCAUGCCCUAGUAAUGUGCUCUGGCGUUGUUGUGGCAGCAGGGAGAGAGCCUUUUAAACCAAGCACUUAUGAUCCUCAUAGAUAUUCUCUACCUGCUAGAUUGCCUGGGAUAUCCAAUCGUGUGUAUCCAAAAGCAAAUGUCAAGUCAGAGAGUGGAAAUACUUGGAAAUGGAAAGUGUCAAUCCUUACCAGUGAUAUGCAAUCAGCAGGGACCAGCUCAAAGGUUUAUAUUACAUUGUAUGGAGAUCACAGUAAUUCAGGACCCAUUUUUCUUUAUGGAGAUGGAGGGAGACUCUUUCAGAGGGGAAAUGAAGACAUCUUCGCUAUUGACACUGCAGACAUAGGAGAGCUCUAUAAAAUACGCAUAGGACACAACAACUCUGGAGAAUCACCUGCCUGGCACUGUGAAGAGGUGCAAUUACUGAAUUUUCAGUCAGGGGAACAGUUUUCUUUCCUUGUCCACCGGUGGCUGGCGCAGGACCAGGAUGAUGGUGGAAUCUCUCGGGAGCUUCCUGUUUUGCGCCAGGGUCAGGCUGUUCUUCCAGUGACUGUCUAUAAGGUGCAUGUGAUAACAGGAGAGCUUUGGAAUGCUGGAACAGAAGCUGAUGUGUAUAUUUCCAUCUAUGGCGAAAAUGGUGAUACAGGAUCAAGACAGCUACGAAGGUCGAAGAAACCUACAAAGUUUUUAAAAGGACAAACUGACAUCUUUCCACUGGAGGCUGUACACCUUGGAAAGUUGUACAAGAUUGUUAUAGGACACAAUGGACUUGGAUCAGGAAAUGGAUGGUUUCUGGACAAGAUUAUAGUCAAAGAUUCUGUCACUAACUUGGAUUAUGCUUUUCUAUGUCACAGAUGGCUAGAUCAUGGGGAGGACGAUGGUAAAAUUGUAAGAGAAUUGAAUGGGGCAGACACUAGCACCUUCUUAGCAAGGCAAGAACUGGAACUCAGGAGAGAGGAAACUUGGGCUGCUGAAAGAUGGAAGUUUCAGAAAGGCAACACGCUUCAGUUCUACAGCAGACUUACCCAUGGCUUCAUACGCCUCAGUCCAGAUGGCACAGUCGAUGCACUUGGUGACAAGAAGGACAAAUAUGGUCUUUUUGAUGUAACAAUCAAAGGGAGAAAUACAUAUAUAUUUUGCAGUCAUCAGAUGCCACACCUUGCACUUGCUCUGGACAAUGGCUGUGUCACUGGAAUGGACAAUCGUGAGAAUCUCUGUGAGCUACAGGUCCACCUUCGGCCAAACCACUGUGCCAUUCUGGAAUCAGCCAGGAAUCUGGGGGACACAGUCACAUUCAAUCUUCAAGGCAAAGUAGCUGACAAAGUGUCAAGCUACACAGGACUCUCAAAAGAAUUUGUUGUUCAUGUUAAGGGUGUGUUUCACAAUGGUGCUAUCAUUCUGCUUACCACAAGUCUCUGCCAGGCUCUCUGCCUUAGAUCUGAUGGCAGUUGCAAUGGAGUAGGAAAGCAGUCUGAAGAAUCCUAUUGGAAAGUGCAUAAAAUCAGCUCGGGGGUUUGUAUGUUUGAGUGUGUGAAAAACCCAGGAAUGUAUCUCAGGAUCAAGGAUGGUCAAUGUAAUGGAACAGGCACAGGUGAUGUGUACUGUCACUUUAAAACUGAGAAGAACUUAGAAAAUGGAUCAGUCAGUCUGGAGUCUGUGCGAAACAAAGGAAUAUUUGUUGGUCUUCUUCCAAAUGGUCAGAGCAACGCAGUUAUUCACACUGGAGAGAAAAAUAUUUUGUUCUACCCACAAGUCAUCAAAUUUGGCAGGGAAAAGCCUAUGGGAACAUCUGCAACGCUCAACAAACAAGGACGGUUCAGAGAAUCUGAACACCCAGUUGCAAGAGCCCAGGAGCCUGUGGCUCACAGCCCAUCACCUUCUCCACCCUCAAAGGAAAAGAGAAAUACCCAAGGCAGCAAGUGUCCCCUUCCUUCAGACAAUGAAUGGAAAGUGUCAGUGUUGACAGGAAAUGUAGGAACUCAAGCAAACAUCACUUUGUGGAUAUAUGGAGACAAAGGCAUAGUUGGACCAAUAACUCUUGGCAAGCAGAAUAGAGAGCAGCUGUUUCUUCCCAGGCAGGAGGAUGAAUUUCAGGUUGAAAUAAAAAAUAUUGGGAAUAUCUACAAGAUAAGGAUAGGACAUGAUGGAACAAGUGAACAACCAGAAUGGAAGUUGCAAAAGGUGACACUGGAACACAUAAAGAGUAGGAGGCUGUUAAAUUUUCCAGCAAACAAGUGGUUGUCAAGAAGCCGUGGAGAUGGAGAUAUUAUAUGUGAGCUCCCACUAGUAGAAGCUGGAAAAUCCAUUUAUCCAGUUAUAAGAUACAACGUUUAUGUCUACACUGGCCAUUUUGAGCAAGCUGAAACAGAUUCUUCAGUUUACCUUUGUAUUUAUGGAAAAAGAGGAGAUUCUGGUUUAAGACUUCUGCAUAAAUCAGAUAUGCCAGUGAAAUUUCAGAGAGGAAUGGUUGAUACAUUUGAAAUAGAAGCUGUAUCUCUUGGAAAGCUGCAGAAGGUGCUGUUGCACUGUGAGGCCAAUAACAAGUCACAGUACUGGUACUGUGAUAAAGUGAUCAUCAGAGAAGCUGAGAAGGACUCUGAAUAUAUUUUCAACUGUGAGAGGUGGCUCCCGUUUAUGUGCCAAGGUAUAAUUCAUUCAGAAAUUGAGCUCUACCCUCAAGAAUUGGAAAUAAACCAACCACCAAAAAUGCAAGAGGAAGCAAAUGAAGGAGACUGGAAGAUUACUGUAAUCACUGGAAAUUUUGAAGCAGCAGGCACUACAGCAACAGUGUCUCUUUAUGCUUAUGGAGAAAACAAGGCCUCUGGCCAAAUUAUAUUGGGAUCUGGGAAAUACCAGCUGUUUAACCCCAACAGCGUGGAUACAUUCAAGGUUAAUCUCAAAGAACUUGGACAACUUUAUAAAAUCCGCAUUGGCCAUGACAACAGUGGAAGUGAUCCCAGCUGGUACUUAGAGGAAAUUAAACUCGAGAAAGUGGCUCUAGUCUCUGAUCAGAAGAUUCAUUUGCCUGUAAACUGCUGGCUAGCUGAAGAUCUAGAUGAAAGAGACACAUGGAAAGAAGUGGCAAUUAGAAACUCUACAACAGAAGAGAUUUUGCCAUUGGUGGUUUAUGAGAUCCAUGUGCACACUGGGUCUAAACUUGGUGCUGAAACAGAUUCUAAUGUAUAUAUCAUCCUAAUGGGAACAAGAGGAGAUACUGGCAGACGAAAGCUCCACAGAUCUAAGAAAAAUAAAGUCAAGUUUCAGCAAGGACAGGUAGAUAUCUUCUGCCUAAAGGCUAUAUCACUAGGAGACCUAAAGAGAAUUCUGAUUAGCCAUGAUGGAACUGGUCCAGGCAAUGGAUGGUUCCUGGAUAAAGUUGUCAUCAAAUAUAAAGAAGAGGAUGAAGAGCAAGAGGUAGUCUUUCCCUGUAAUAGGUAUGCCAUUCAUGGGAAACCAGAAUUGUUAUACUGCUAA